AUGCUUCCUGAAAUCAUCUGCCUUGGCAUUAUGUUUCUCUCUGUGACCACAGUAGGGACUGUAGCAAACUUCUUCCUCUUUACCUCUUAUUUGUUAAAUAUCAUUGCUGGCCACAAGAUAAGUUGUUUAACCCUCAUUUUCACCCAGCUGACCCUGGUGAACUCCAUUACGCUUAUUAGCAAGGGAGUCCCGCAAACAUUACAGGGUUUAGGGUGGCGCAAUUUUCUGGAUGAUGUUGGGUGUAAAGUUGUAUUUUACCUUCGCAAAGUGAGUGAGGGACUUUCAAUUUCCUUGACUUGCCUCCUGUGUACCUUUCAGGCCAUCACCAUCAACCUCGGCAAUUCUAGGUGGGCAGAACUCAAAGUCAGAUUCACACAACACAUCACCCCUGCCUUUCUCUUUUGCUGGAUCCUCAAUCUGCUGAUAGAAAUUCCCAUUCCAGUAAGUGCAAGAGGCCCAAAAAGCAGGAGCAACAAUGUUACACAUGCAUUUGAUAAUGUGUUUUGUACUUCAGAAUAUAUUAUGGGUGUUUAUUUGAUAAUCACCACUUUCAGAAAUGUGUUUUGUUUGGGGCUCAUGGUGUCGGCCAGUGGCUACAUGGUGCUUCUCCUACACAAACACCACCAGCACGUCCAGAAAAUUCGAAGCACCAAACACUCACAGAGAAGGCACCCUGAGAUCAGAGCCACCCAAACUAUCCUUUUACUCAUGAGCACAUUUGUCAGCUUUUAUGCACUCACCUCCAUUUUUACUCUUUUUCUCAGUUAUUUUGACCGAAAAUCUUUCUGGAUGUUGCCUACUGCUAUCUUCCUGUCACUAUGUUACCCAACCAUCAGUCCCUUUCUGCUGAUCCCCAGAUGCUGCAGGCCUACCUAUAAUUUCUUGGCCAAGUAA